UUUCUGGCUCAGAGAAAUGGCGAUGCCUACUUCAAACAUCCUGGUUCCGCGAGCAUCACAUUGGAACAUGAUGAGGUCCACAACAUGGUUCAGUGGCUGAUGGCGGUGAAUGUAUUCUCCAUCUCUUCGGCUCUGGAGAACCUGAGUCGUCAUGAGAUGCUGUCCUGGGUCAACGACUCUCUACGACUCACCUACACCAAGGUAGAACAACUGUGUUCAGGUGCAGCGUAUUGUCAGUUCAUGGACAUGUUGUUCCCUGGCUGUGUCCUGCUGAAGAAGGUGAAGUUCUCAGCCCGGCUGGAACAUGAGUUCAUCAAAAACUUCAAGGUCCUACAGGCCUCCUUCAAGAGAAUGGGUGUAGACAAGAUCAUCCCAGUAGAGAGGCUGGUGAAGGGGAGGUUUCAGGAUAACUUUGAGUUCAUCCAGUGGUUUAAGAAGUUUUUUGAUGCCAACUACGAUGGGAAGGAGUAUGACCCUGUGGCCACACGCCAGGGGCAGGAGGGCGCCCCCUCACCCAACCCAGGCCCCCAGAGGACGUCUCCCACGGCGACCAAGACAUUCCACGCCCCCCCGAGGCAGAUACAGUCCGCCCCCAUCCGCAGGGCGACGCCCACCAGAGCGUCAGACGCUGAGAUACUAGAACUGAACCAGCAGAUGUUGGACCUGAAACUGACAGUGGAUGGUCUUGAGAAGGAGAGAGAUUUCUACUUCAGUAAGCUGAGAGAUAUCGAGCUGAUCUGUCAGGAGAAUGAGACCAACACCAGCCCAACACUCUCCAAGAUCAUGGAUAUACUGUACGCUACUGAG